CAUCCAUUGAUCCACAUAAGAAGAGGAGAGAAAAAGGCAUGACGGCUAGACCUAGAUCGCACUCCCCAUCCCCAUCCCGCCGCCGCCGCCGCCGCCGCUCAUCCAACAACGCCAGCUUCAAUUAGUCCGACGGAAUAAGUUCUGUUCCAGGAGUGGGGAGAAUCAAAAUGAAGGCGCGGCAGUUCUUGAAUGUGGUGAUGCAGAGGUCUGGCGGUGGCAGCUUGUACACGGUGAGCCGCAUCAAGGCCGGGGAGCAACUCUUCUACCGGUCCACGGCGGAAGCAAAGGCAGCGGCAGCAGCAGCAGCGCAACCCAAGGAGGGGAAUACGACGCUGCCAUCAUCAGCCGUGGCGCCACCAUGGACGGAGAACAUCUCGCGGAUGCCUCCGCCCAGGCUCAGAUUGGAAGCAUACCGCUUAGACGGCCCAAGGCUCGAUUUUUUGCCCUUCUACGGACAAGGCAGGGGCGAUGGUAAGAUCCUCUCCAUGGACUCGGCGGGCAACACCAUCCUCUGCAACGCCGUCAGCGGCUCCAUCCAGCCCGUUCCCUGCCUUAACGAACCCAAGGGGGACAGCCCCGUCUCCUUGUCUAUCACUCGUGCGGACACCUCCCAUCAAGCCUUGUACGUUAUGGACAGGUUUCCCGCUGCUCGCAAUGCUUUCAUCUUCGAAGCCCUCAUCUACGGCAAGAAUAGCUGGGAGUGGCACCGGCUCCCUCGGCCGCCCUACGUCAACAACCCAGCCUAUAACUGCACAGCCAUCCAGUCCUACAUGUUGCUUCGUGAUGGCUCGACCAUCUGCAUAUCCUCCGCUGGGCCAAGCUCCAUCGGCACCUACUGCUUCGACACGGUUAGCUGCACCUGGGAAAAGGCUGGCCGCUGGACCCUGCCAUUCCAUGGACGGGCUGAGCAUGUCCCUGAGCUUUGCAGUCUCUGGUUCGGCAUGGCCGGCAACAGCGCCAACAACUUGUGCGCGCUGGACCUCUCCAACCUUGGCAGGGCUCCCAAGUUGCUGCAUAACUGGCAGGUCCUCGACACGCCUCAUGGAUGGGUGCAGAUAAGGGGUAGCCUGCUGUACCUUGGAGCCGGCAGGUUUUGCAUCUUCAAAAGUUUUGACACCGGGGAGCAAGACGCUCAGGGUAAUCCCAGCAACACAGCGGCUGUGCUUACCGGUGUGGAGGUAGUCCACAGAGGAUCAUCUGAACUCCAAAUGAUCAAGCACAAGUCAUUUAUCAGCUAUGCCGGCAUCCAGUGUGUUCUUUAAGUCACCAAGGCUUCGGCUAAUCCUCUCCCCAAGGUGAUGGGAGGGGAUUUAGUGGGGUUUUGGCUUGCGGAUUUCAUUCCGCUCAACCCCUUGCAAUCUCCAGCAAACUGAACCGAACAAGCCCUAAAGUUUAAGGGAUAAAAUAAGCUGUCAGCCUGUCCCUUUCUACUUUGCAGCAGCCAGAUCAACAUGGAUGUAACUUGUGCAUUCCUUCCUAUAUGUAUUACUCUUCCAAGUUUAUAAACUAGUAAAGUUGCCUGGCGGGCAACAUCUUUAAACAAUGAAUUAUUAUUCCUCUA